CACCGAAGAGGCGGCGGUACCUUGGACAGAACCGCCGCGACGCACGGAGCCCGGCCGGGAGCCGCUCAGGAGUGCCCCGACGAGCAGAACUGAGGUGUGAGACUCCAUAAGUGCCCCCAAGUGGCUUCAAUUUCUGUCCUCAACAAAAGCGAUCAAAAGAAAUGCAGGAAUGCCUGUCCUAGAAAAAAACAUGCAGAAGAAAGAAAAAGAUACAUGCACUAAAGAUGAGACAACAGUGCCAAAACUUCCAGUCCCACCACUGCAACAGACCUUAUGCAUGUACCUACAGUGCAUGAAACACCUGGUGCCAGAGGAGCAAUUUAGAAAGACCAAGGUCAUAGUGGAGAAAUUUGGAAUUGCGGGAGGCCUGGGGGAAUCCUUGCAGCAAAUCCUUGAGGAAAGAAGGGAAAAGACAACGAACUGGGUGUUUAACUACUGGCUGGAUGACAUGUACCUCAACAACCGGCUAGCUCUUCCAGUCAAUUCCAGCCCAGCAAUUAUCUUUGCUCGUCAGUAUUUCAAGGAUGUAAAUGACCAGCUGAGGUUUGCCGCCAAUCUCAUUUCAGGAGUGCAAGACUAUAAAGCUUUACUGGACACCCAUGCUUUACCUGUUGAUUUUGCUCGUGGACAGCUGUCCGGUCAUCCUCUCUGUAUGAAGCAAUACUAUGGACUCUUUUCUUCCUAUCGUCUUCCAGGACAUACCAAAGAUACCCUUGUGGCCCAGAAAAGCAGCGUAAUGCCAGAACCAGAGCACAUCAUUGUUGCAUGUAACAAUCAGUUUUUUGUUUUGGAUGUUGUCAUUAAUUUCCGUCGACUGAGUGAAGGAGAUCUUUUCACUCAGUUACGAAAAAUAGCCAAAAUGGCUGAGAAUCAAGAGGAAAUGCUGCCUCCAAUUGGCCUGCUGACAACAGAUGGAAGAACAGAGUGGGCAGAGGCCAGGACAAUCCUUAUGAAAGACUCUACUAAUCGCGACUCUCUUGACAUGAUUGAACGGUGCAUAUGCCUGAUAUGCCUGGACAGCCCGAGUGGGGUGGAACUCAAUGAUACAAACAUGGCAUUGCAACUGCUACAUGGGGGAGGCUACCAUAAAAACGGGGCCAAUCGUUGGUAUGACAAACCUAUGCAGUUUGUGGUAGGAAGAGACGGAGUCUGCGGUACCGUGUGUGAACAUUCCCCUUUCGAUGGCAUCGUACUGGUGCAGUGCACUGAACACUUGCUCAAGCACAUGAAAGAAAGCUCCAAGAAAUUAGUCCGAGCUGAUUCAGUGAGUGAGCUUCCUGCUCCACGGAGACUAAGAUGGAAAUGUUCCCCUGAAAUUCAGGCACAUUUGGCAUCAUCAGCAGAAAAACUCCAAAGACUAGUACAAAAUCUGGACUUUAUCGCCUACAAGUUUGAGAAGUAUGGAAAGGAAUUUAUUAAGAAACAAAAGGUUAGCCCAGAUGCUUACAUUCAAGUAGCACUUCAGCUGGCAUUUUACAGAUGCCACAGGAGACUUGUUCCUACCUAUGAAAGUGCUUCCAUACGCCGAUUUGACGAGGGCAGAGUCGACAAUAUUAGGUCUGCUACCUUGGAAGCAUUUGCUUUUGUAAAAGCAAUGACUGAUGACAAGACAGCUCUGUCGGAUUCGGAGAAGAUGCAGAGAUUUAAGGAUGCAAUUGCAGCUCAGACUAAUUACACUAUUCUGGCUAUUACUGGAAUGGCAAUAGACAAUCAUCUGUUAGGUCUCAGAGAGGUGGCACGGGAACACUUCAAGGAACUACCAGAGAUAUUUACAGAUGAGACAUAUUUGAUGAGCAAUCGAUUCAUCCUCUCAACCAGCCAGGUUCCAACUACUAUGGAAAUGUUCUGCUGCUAUGGGCCUGUGGUGCCCAAUGGUUAUGGAGCAUGUUACAACCCUCAGCCAGAGCAUAUAUUAUUUUGCAUCUCAAGCUUUGAAGAUUGUAAAGACACUUCAUCAGACAUGUUUGCAAAAGCUGUGGAAGACAGUCUCCUAGAAAUGAGGGAUCUGUGCAACAAAUGCAACUCUACCAUGACAAAGCCAUUUGCUAAUCAAGAAGAAGCAACACAGCUGCAGAGUGACCACAAAAUCUAGGAGGCUGUAGGAAUUAUUCUCUUGAAUUUACCUUAUGUAGAAACAAUGAUGUAGUUGUUCAAAAGCAAGAUAGUACUAGUAAUGUAUUAGUGUAGAACCAAAAUGUCAUUUGUUUUGCAUUGCUGCCAACAUCUAAAACCCUGUAAGUACUAACUCUACCACUUCUUGCUUGAGAACAAAAAAUUUUUGGUCUCACUGGCUGAAAUGGAGGAAAUAAUAAUGAGUAUGUGUUGUACUACCAUUUCUAACCAUCAUCAACUUAGACCAUUUUAUCAGCUAAAAAAUUGGCUAAGCUUGUAUGUGAUAUAAAUUAAAUACCAAAGCGCACCAAUUAAUUAGUAUCCCUUGCAAGUAGUUCUAAAAAAUUCACAUCUAUUCCUGCAACAUUUGCAUGUAAAGAAAAAAGAAAGAAAUUUUGUCUAUCAGGAAUGUUGGGAAUAACAUUUUAAAUAAUAGGUUGAUGCCAUUAAAUCUUGAAAAUUUGUAUGAAGGUUAGUUUAUACCUCAAAGUUAUCUCCUACGUAAGAAAAAUAUAUUAUUUUUAAGAGUGGCCACUGUGUAUUUCCACAAAAGGAGUUUCGGAGUAUCAAACUUGUGUUUUUUAUGUUCCACUAAUUCAAAAAUGCUGCAGAAAUAAUUUAGCUUUUGUUCUGGUUUGCAUUGGCCUCAAACACAGACCCAUUCUGAAAGCAUCAUAUUGAAGAUAAGAUCUAUCACAGAGAACUGGGAGAAUAUUUCUCUAAUAAAUUGGCUUCAUUAUUUCUAUCAAUGAGCAAAAUCCAGUCUGACAGAGAGGCAAAGCAUAGGUACAGUUCAGUCAUAUUUAAGACCCUUUCUGUUUGCACAGGAAUGAAUUUAGUCACUGUGACUAGGAGGAGAGUGUAUGCAACCACACAAAAUCAAAGAGCAAUAAAUAACCAGAAUGAAGAGGCAAACUUGCAAUAUGAGGAAGUCUCCAAGCUAGAGCUAAAAAUACCAGUUUGAAAGUAUUGGUACUCAUAUCAGCUUUGCAUCAUCCCACUUGGGAGGGAUUUAUAUUUAUAUCUUUUUAAUAGUAGAUGUAGGGUAUAAUAUUCUGCAAUAUACAGUAAAUUCAAUCAGGAGAAUAAUAUCAUAUCUGGUAAUUCCCAUAUUGCGAGUGUUCCCUGAGGGCUUUCUCAUUAUCUCUCUCAUUCCCUACAAAUCCUUUCAAGGCCUGAAUUUUUUCAGUUACCUUCCUUCUCUCAAGCUGAUAGAUUAUGUCUUGCUUAGAGAUGUUCAGUCAUCAUUGUUAGAAUACAACUUACUAACUCCAGUGCAGAUGCUUUGCUAGGCAAGCUGGAGCCCAUGCAGAAGCCUGGUCAGGGGCUGCUUACUUUUCUGUGGAGAAGCAAAGAGAUUUUUAAUUUCUUCCUUUGAAGGCUGAAUAAUCACAGGCUUAAGCACUCUCAAGCUUAAAAGUGGGAUAAUGAUUUAUUACUGUAAACUAGAAGUGGAGAUAUGUUUCUGUCUAAGACCUCUAGAUAUGGAUUCAGUAGAGUAUGUAUUACCAUGCUUGUUUUACUGCCUCUUUGGAGCUGCAUACAUGCAACUGAGCAGUCUGCUGGAUAAAGGCUAUCCACAGCGCCACGUAUGAAAGCACAGUGGGCCUGAUCAUCAGUUGGAGCAAGUCAGCUAUGUUGGAGCAAAUCAAUUGAUUUACAGUGAUUGAGAGCUGGGCUCAUUCUUUUAAAGUUAAUGCGUUCAUUUAAAAAUAUUUAUGUUUCAUUACUCCAUGAGCUGUGGUUCAAACCAAAGAUGAAAUCUAUUUUUAGAUUAUAUAAAUUAUAAUAUGGCAUAAAA